AAGGUAAUUAUUACAGUUGUUAUGAAUAUAAAGGUCAAUUAUACCUUGGUAUAUCUGUAAAUCUUCAUACUUUAACCAUGAACUUAUCUUGUAUCUGUACAGAGCAGCCAGAACCUGAACCAGAAGAAGCCCCUGCUGAGGAAGAGGCCACAGAUGAGACGAAACCAAAGCCAAAGUUCAUGCCUAACAUCACCGCUCCAAAGAUUCCUGAAGGAGAUAAGGUGGACUUUGAUGACAUCCACAGGAAGCGUCAGGAGAAGGAUUUAACAGAGCUGCAGUCUCUCAUUGAAGCUCAUUUCAUUCAGAGGAAGAGAGAUGAAGAGGAGCUGAUCGCUCUGGUCAACAGAAUUGAGAAGCGUCGUGCAGAGAGAGCAGAGCAGCAGAGAAUCCGUGCAGAGAAGGAAAAGGAGAGACAAGCUCGUCUGGCCGAAGAAAAGGAGAGGAGAGAGCAAGAGGAACAGAGGAAGAAACAUGAUGAGGAUGCUAAGAAAAAGAAAGCUCUUACCAACAUGACACACACGUAUGGAGGAAUCCAGCAGAAGGGCGAGGGUCGUAAAGGAGCAAAGAAACAGACGGAAAGAGAGAAGAAGAAGAAGAUCCUGACUGAUAGGAGGAAGCCACUUAACAUUGACCAUCUGUCUGAAGAUAAACUCAAAGAGAAGGCCAACGAGCUGUGGCAGUGGAUGAUGCAACUGGAGGCCGAGAAGUUCGACCUCGGCGAGAAACUGAAGAGACAGAAAUAUGACAUUACUCAGCUUCUGGCUAGAGUCAAGGAUCAUCAGAGUGCCAAGGGCCGUGGCAAGGGCAAGGUUGGUGGCAGGCUGAGGUAAACAUGACACAGACCAAGAUGGCCCAGAAAUCAAGAAGACAUUGUCACAUGAUCAACAUAUGCAGUUGUAGUCAUUAUAAAAUUGCUAUUAUGUUUGACUGCACAUGUAGAGAUGGUAAAGUGAAAUGUUUUGCUUUUGCCUUGUUGUUUUUCUGCCUUUUUGUCUUGGACACACAUGAAUUCUGCAGUUAUCACUUAAUAUCAUGUAUAUUAAAAGAUUCAAACCAUC